AUGGGUGAUGUUGGCACUGGUAAGUCGACUAUAGUGGAGAAGAUAACAGGAGAAAAUAACAGAAGUUCUCCUUUAAACGAGAGCUUCACGAAAUCAACAGCAAUUUUCAGGGUUCCUGAUGGUAGCCUUGUGGUAGCCGACACACCUGGAAGCAACUCGUUGAAAGAGCAGCUUCAACACAACGUUUGGAUAGCUGCUGCAAUUAAUUACAGGCCCGUAUCAAUAAUUUUUAUUGUUGUCAAAGCGGAAGCUCGCAUCGAUUGUGUCAUCAGUAACAUUCGAAAAUAUUCUGAUAGAUAUAUAGCACUUCCUUUCAGUGUGAUAGCGGUUCUUGUCACUCACAUGGAUAAAGUUGAGUGGAGAAAGGAGCAUAUCACGCCAAAAGUAAAGAAAGAAAUUGGAAUCGAUAAGAUAGCCUUCAGCUCGAAGAAUACAAAAGGUGAGAUAUUGGUGUUCGACAUACUCAAAAUCUGUGCUGGUGGCAAGGUAUACAAUCUAACAGUCAACACUGAAAACUUUUUCCGACUCUUUAACAUCCACGACAGCCUCCGCAGCAUUCUGCAGUCUACCAACGAUGAAGUUGAACAGUUCAUUGCGAAAAAGAAAGCUUUCGACGAAGCUAGAAAGGUGUUUAAAGGUACGAAUCUAAGAAUUUUUAGAUAUUGCUAUUAUUAACCAAUUUAUUUUUGGGAAAACAUAUCUGUUUAUUUAUUUCCAGGAAACCUGUAUUUCCUUAACCCGGAUCUUUAUCAUUGCAACAAAUAG